UGAAAGUGGUGCAGAGAGACAGAGCCAAAAGGGGAGAGAGAGAGAUAAUGACUUGACAAUAAUACUAAUAACAAUAAUAACUUGGCUGUUGCCACUGCUACAGCAAGAAGUCAGCUCAGAACUCAAGACUGAAGAAACCAGGUCCCUUGACACAGGAGCACCAGCAACUACAGACAGAGAGAGGAGCAACUGCAACAUCACUAGAGAUAACGUGUUCCAUUUUUAUUGCUCUGAUGAACUGUGGACAGUAACAUGAGGAACCUCUCCCGAAGAAGGGACAGGAUCAAACUUUGAAAGGAUCUGACUUUGCAGAACUACCCAUCCCAGAUCGACUGACUUGGGGUUAGCUGGUUUUCUUUCAACAACCUGUUUUCCCACCUGGAGCAACCAAAGUUAAAGCAGUGAGAAAGGACACGGUGCAUCUCCCUAAGAGAAAGAAAUCUCAGAGGGGUGGAAGAAAGAGAGAGACCUCCCUGCCCCUAAGUAACCUACUCUCCAGGAGGCUAAGAGGGGGGUACCCUAUUCUCCAGGGACCUGUCCAAGUGGGAAGAGCUCUCCCCACUUCCAACCAAAUCCCUCCGGGCCCUGUUCUUUGCUACUUGCUAGGGCUGAAGGGGGAGGCAACCCCUAGCCUGCGCUGCUCGCCAAGAAGGAAAUCAGGGGGGAGAAAAAAGAGCCCCCCCCCCACCACACACACUGUUCCCGACGGGGAAGGAGACCCCCCCAAAAUCAGCCAGCCACCUCCCCAGCCCAGCUCCUAGGGCUGCCCUAGAGCCGCCCCCAGCCUGGCGGCGGGGGGAGAAGAGGCCGGGGCAGGGUGAGGCACCAGCCGCGCCAUGAAGCUGGAGGUCUUCGCCCCGCGCUACGAGGACAAGCUGGGCGGCAGCGACCAGGAGGGCAGCGGGGCCCCGUCCCCCGCGCCGGGCGAUAGCGAGCUGGGCUCGGACGGGGACUGCGCCGCCCACAGCCCGGGCAGCGAGGGGGCGGCGGGCGCGGGGCCGGCGGGCGCGGAGGGCGGGAAGGGGAAGCCGUACACGCGGCGGCCCAAGCCGCCCUACUCCUACAUCGCGCUCAUCGCCAUGGCCAUCCGGGACUCGGCCGGCGGCCGCCUCACGCUGGCCGAGAUCAACGACUACCUGAUGGGCCGCUUCCCCUUCUUCCGCGGCGCCUACACGGGCUGGCGCAACUCGGUGCGGCACAACCUGUCGCUCAACGACUGCUUCGUCAAGGUGCUGCGCGACCCGGCCCGGCCCUGGGGCAAGGACAACUACUGGAUGCUCAACCCCAGCAGCGAGUACACCUUCGCCGACGGGGUCUUCCGCCGCCGCCGCAAGCGCCUCAGCCGCGCCCCGCCUCCGCCUUCCCCGCGCCCGGCACCAGCCGCCCCCUCGCCUGCUGCUCCUCCGCCCCGUGCAGCUGCGCCGGGGGGCGCCGCCGCGGCCAGGCCGGGCUCCAAGUUCUCCAGCUCCUUCGCCAUCGAGAGCAUCCUGAGCCGGCCCUUCCAGCGCGCCCCCGCCCCGGGCCGGGCGCUCUGGGGCGCGCCGCCCGCCCCCUACCCGCUGGGCUCCUACCCGCACCCGCCGGCCUCCCUCUACGCCGGCGGCGGCCUCCUGCCGCUCUACGCCUACGGGCCCGCGCCGCUGGAGCGCAGGAGGGAGGCGCUGACGGCCGGCGGCGCCCCCCACCCGCCGGAGCCUCCCCAGCUCUUCCCCUCCCCUUCCGAGGCGCUGCUCGGCUCCCCGCUCUAUUGCCCCCUCCGACUGCCCGGCUCGUUGCACCCAGCCACGGGGCUCCCGGCCUCUUACCCGCCCUACCCCCUCGAGAGCCUCCUGCCUUAAUACAGACCCCCCUCCUCCCCCACGCCGGGGCAAAGCGGGGGAGGUGGGGAACACGUGGAGCGGGGAGGAGGACGAGGCUCUGGCUUCUGCACUUUCUAUCCGGAGACAAGUGACUGUGCCGGGGGGGGGGGAGCGGGGUUUUAACCGAACCAAAGUGGGGCGCUUUGUAUUUGGACUUCGCAAGGGGCCAAAGUGCUUCUUAGUCAUUGUUGAAACUACUUGGCUUAAGGCGGGUGCCUGAUCUGCUCUCGGGCUGGUUUCUCUCUGCGCAAAGCCAUGUGUCAUUUUCCAGGGAACCAGUGCCAUCAGGCUGAGUCCCGACUACGGGUUUGGGGUGCGUUGUGCACCCAAGGGUGAGGGCUGGUCGACUGAAAAGGUGCCAGAGGUUGCUGGGUCAUUUCUCUGCUCCGAACCAAUGCAUCACUGUGCCAAAUAAACCCCCCUAUACAGCACCGAGCAUUUCGUGGGGAGGGGGUGGAUUUAUUUAUACGUUUUAAACUAAAAAAAGUGUUUUAACACGACAGGUCGCAGCUUUUUAAAAAAUAUAUAUCGUUAUGUUGGGUUCAAUGAAAUGUCGACCGUGGUCUCUUUCUGUGCUCCGUCUGUUUUCUUAGUUGUGUUUUUGGAGAUAAGAUCACUGGCAAGACAGGAAGGGUUGUUUUUUUUUUCCUCUGUAUAUUUGUGCGUGACUAUUUUAUGGGGGGGAAAACCCUCAGGCUUCAUGGUUAUUUUCCAAUAAAAGUUGCAAAAGAA